AUGCCAAACUCUAGAAUCAGUGAUCAACUCGAUAUGGACAGUUUAACAGAAGUAAUACGUGGCAGGACGAGUACGGAGACGGCGAGUGUUUCAUCAAAUCAGUUACAAUUCACAUUAACUGAUCCUGGAAAUUGUCACAUUGCUGAUUUGCCUGAACUUAAUCUGAUUCUGGAUAAACGAUAUUUUCCAGGAUUAUUAGCAAUGAAGGAUGAAAGGGGAAGAAGAGAGGCGUGGUGUAAUGUGGCAUCAGGAGCUGCAGCUUAUGCUUACAAAACAAUCGGAAGUGGUUUAUCACAGUCAGUGAGAAGGUGGCUAGCGAAUGCUGCGUGUUCAGCGAUUUUAUUCUCUCUAUUGGGUGAAGCGGAAACGCUUGAUGAGUCUCGUCAAAAUCCGGAUUUCGACUAUCAAUUCUCUCCACAUGGAGGAAACCCUGAUGAUAUUGACGGUGACGAUGGUGGUGCUGAUGAAAUUGUUGGUGACGAUGAAGAUGACUAUGGUCGUCAGCAUGAUGAUGGCGAUAAUGAUGACAACAACGGGAGUGAUUGGAUUCCGCCGACUGUCCGACAGUCAGACGAAGAAUCACCACCAUCAACAAAGACGUAUGUUCCGGAUGGAAAUUGGAUUUAUGGUGACUGGACAGAGAGUAAUAUCGCCAGUACUGAGGAGAUGGAGACAGUCAUACAACCAGAAAUGUUGGAUGACUGUGUCAGAGUGAUGAUUGCAUCAGUCAUCUGCUUCUUCCGUGAAGGUCAACACAUUCCCCAUCGAAGAAAUGCGGAAUAUCCAAUGCAAAUCAUUCAGAGUAACAUGAUGAAUAGAUAUGGAGUAGUUGAGGAGUGUGACAAACUCUUCCUCAUGUAUACAACUGGCAGGUGGAUAUCGAAAUUGAACAUUUUAACGUCGGUCAUGAAACAAUGGAAUAGUAGGACUAAAGUACGUGCUGUACGUACAUUCGGUCUAGGAGUGGUAUAUAUGCCUGAAAUCAUAAUCGAAUGCUUUCAUGGUGUACCAGGUGGAUGGACUGAUGUCUAUCUAGUCGACUGUAUCGCUGAGAAGUUGGUCAAAUCAAGAUGUAUAAAAUACUUCAGUGACUACACGUCUUUGAUAUCACACAGGAGAUUAGUUCACACACUAUCUAACGAUCCAAUAUACCACCACACAGAGAGUAAAACACUAACAGAUGAGAAAUGUUACAUUGAGAAAGCCAAUAUUCCGUGUUUGUAUGGUCGACUAAUCACCUUCUUGAAGUAUGCUGAACCUGACAGCGAAUUGUUCACCUAUCCUCAAUUGAAGAUUUUCGGUGAGACACGUGAACAAUACUACGAGGAUUACUGUGCGAAAUGGGAGUCCAUAGUGAAGUAUAUUUACUCCAGGGAUAUUGAUUCAUCUCAUGUCUUUGAUUCUGAUGCAUUGGAUGGUGAUUUGAAACAAUUCAAUCUUGUACAUGAUUGUGACGGAAAUCUCCUCAAUGUGUGUUUUCAAGUUUAUGGUGUACAUACAUAGUUUAUACUUGUAUUUGUAUUUGUUUCUUUAAUAUAAUAUAAUCUGUUAUCCUGAG